AUGUCGUGUGGAUUUACACCUGAUCUUGGUCGUAUGCUGGACGAAAUGGUCGUGGAAGAGGAAGAUUCUGCUGCAAAAGGUACGCAAACUAUCAUCAAAAGUAGUCUGUCGAAUGUCGGUGAAACCAAGUCAAAAGUAAAAGUAACCCAACGAAAAGACAGUAAACAAGGCCAAAAUGACUACAAUUGGACAAAAACAUAUGAAAAAUGGGACACCUGGAGAGACCCUGAAGAAUAUGUAAAGUACGAAAAUGUGACUCGUAAGGACCAUCGUGAACAACAUGCAGGAAAAGCUCAAAUGGGUUGUAAUCAUGAUCAUUCAGCUGAACAAAAACUAAUGGAGAUGACGACAGAAGAAAAAGUAGCAAUUUGUGACGAGUUGCGAGUGUUUGGGAACCUUUUUUUCAAGCACGGACAGUACCAACGAGCUGCAUUUCACUAUCAUAAAGCACUGGUAUACUUUGAGUAUGUAUUUCCCGAUACAGACGAAGAAGAAGCUCAGGUGGAUGCAUUAAAGCUGAAAGUGCUACUUAAUUUUACAGCUUGUAGACUUAAGACAAUGCAUCUUGAUGAUGCUGUCCAUCAUGCGAAUCAGGCACUUGAACUUGAUCAGGAUAAUGUGAAGGCACUUUAUCGUCGAGCACAAGCUUAUCGAUUAAAGGAUGAGUUUCAAUUGGCACAAGAGGAUAUUGUGCGCGCAAUUGAACUUGUAAAAACUGCGACAGAUACGCCAUCAGCAGAUAUACCUUUGAUGCAAGAGAAAAAGCUGCUGCUAGCUAAAAUGCUCGCAUACAAAUUGCGGACAAAACAAGUGUCGAGUGCAAUGUUUGGCAAUGGUGACAAGCUGAAAGCACCAGAACGCUUCAUUGGUGGAGAUAACUCAGCUGGUUGUGAUUCCGACAUAAAUGGAAUGACAAUAAAGUUGUCAAGAAGCUCUGGCUUGGCUUCAACUUUGCCAUGUGAUGAGGAUUUAAGCACUCAUCAGCCUUCAAUUCGAGGAUUGAAAGAGUUACAAACACUAAUUGCCAAUCUAGACAGCUAG